AGGAGGCAGCAUGUGUGUAGCCACUGACGGUACCUCAGCUACUGUGAUCAGCCGAGACACCACAGCCUUGUUUUGUUUACUUCCUCGCUACUGUGAUCAGCCGAGACACCACAGCCUUGUUUUGUUGACUUCCUCGCUACUGUGAUCAGCCGAGACACCAUUGGUUGUUUACGUCGUCCACAUAUUCAUCAGCUGAGCAACACCACAAGCCAUCCACCUGGUGAUGAUCACAGUGAGGUGCCACAACUAAUAUAGACAAAGUUGUCACAUGAUGAUAACUUAAGCUUGAAGGCCGUCAAGCACAGAUCUAGAGAGAAGCCACUAUACACCCCUGAGGAACCACUGUAAAGGCGUAACACUAAAGGAACUGACCUACUGAAGCAGCGAUAACUUGUUAACUGUGGAUAGUCAACUCUACCAUGGAAUCAGUGUCCUCGGAGGACUACACGACGUCAACAGGAACGUACAACUCGACGUGUGGGCCGUUUAGACCCUGUACUCCUUAUACAAACCUUCGCUGUACGGACGGUCGAUGUUUGUGCAUCAACAACUUCCGCCCCGAUGAUACAGGUGGAUGUUCGAACGAGAUGCUGAACCAGGUGAUGAUCUGGACGUGUCAGGCAAUGGCGGCAACCUUGAUCCUCAUUAUUGGUCUAAUGUUGCUGUAUCAUGUGGCACGGAGUAGACUAAGAAGGGAACCAGAAGAAGAGGGAGGAGAGUCGUCACAGGAGAGGGAGGAGGCGGGAGGAGAGUCGUCGCAGGAGAGGGAGGAGACGGGAGGAUGGGAGCGCAUCCUUCCUCCCGCUUACGAGGAGGCCGUCGACGUCCCUCCUCCCACCUACCAGGAAGCUCUCGCUAAGAUGGUCGAGGCCCAGCAGGGAGCAGCCCCACCAAGGAGCGUGGAUGUGUGUCGUGAGGACGACCCAAACCUCCCUGUGUAUGGCUCACACACGGACACCAGCGUCUAUAUAUAAGGAGACCUACAACACUUUAUCCCUCAGUGUUAACGUUACCAGCGCCGGGUAAACACUGCUCCAAGCAUCUCUAUUAAAGUCUCACUGUGGGCACAACUUACUGUCCAUCCACUGGUCGUCACAAGUCUCAAGUCACCGGCCUUUGGGGGAGUGUUGACACCAGCACACACAAGCUCUUCAUCCUCUCACAACGACCUGGUCCCUCACCCUGGUCCCUGACUCAGGUCUUAGCUCCCCUUGACCUUGUGAGACGUGACCUGAGACAUGGAAGGUGUUAGUGAGGUGAUACAGGUGAGGCUCGUCUACCCCAAGGAACAACUACCGUACAUUAGGUCACGGUACACAGCCUUACACAUCCACACUUACCAAUAAUGACACAACUAUCGGAACACAAUAUAACAAAGAUCAAUUAAACUGAUAUUGACGUUCUAGUUCCCUUAUCAAAGUAUUGUUAUUGUAUGUAUCUGAUUGUUGCUCAUACGUACUGUAGCCUGUAGGUGUUGUAAGAAAUAAUUAUUACUUGAUGGGUUAUGGCCCAUUAGAUUAUAUUUUUCAUAUCUACAUAAAAAAUAUUUAUAUCUGAUACGUUUUAAUGCAAUCUCCUUUGUUGGCACGCACGCGCGCACACA